UGUGCGGUGCCCCCGGUGUGCAUUUCCAAACGCAAAAAACCGAUCGUGUCCACGUUCGGAAAUGCUCAUCAUUUCCAAACGCAUGGCCGGUUGGAAACGUGAAAUCGAAAAUGUUCAGGCGGAAAAGUGUCAUUUCCGAUCUUAUAAGAAACAGUUUUUGGUCCGAAUUUGGAAAUUCACAUUUUUGAACUGCAUUUCCGAACGUUCUAAGAAACCGCCUAAGAAACGUUUUUGCAGGCAGCAUGUUGUUUUUGGGGGGUUGGGAAAUUACGCAUUUUUCAACUGGAUUUCCGAACGUUAUAAGAGACAGCCUAAGGGUUCUCGGACCCGCACAAAAUUUUCACGGGUAGGUUUAGUACAGUAGAGUAUGUUUAGUAGAGUAUCGAGAAUCUGUACUAACGGUUGAGUAGAGAGGUGAAUACUCUAGUCACCUGAGUAGAGUACAGAGGUUAGGUACUAAACUCAAAGAGUAUAUUUAGUAGAGUAUGAAAAGCCGUACUAAACCGCAAGAGUAUGUUGAGUAGAGUAUGAAGAGCCAUACUAUAAAGUGAGUAUGAGUAGAGUAUGAAAAGCCGUACUAUACUAAAAAAAAAGAUGUUUAGUAGAGUAUUGAAGAGCCGUACUUACAAAAGUUUUAGUAGAGUACGAAGAGCUGUA